AUGGGCCCUUAUCUCUAUGACUCUCAUUGCCAUCUUUCUCCCUAUUGUCUUGCCGUUGAUGGGUUGGGAUCGACCAUCGAUAAUGAUUCUUCCGUAUGCCAAAUGGCAUUGAUGUCAACCAAUCAUUUUGACAUGGAAUUGGUGCUUCAAUUGGCAAGAUCAAGUGCUUCUUCUCAGGUAAUAAUCCCCUGUAUUGGGGUUCAUCCAUGGUACUCUCACUUGUUUGCUGCCAACGGCACGGUAUCUCAUGAAGACCAUUACCUUGGGGUGAUCAAGUCCUCAGAGCUGAUUUCCCCGAGUUUUUUACAAAAAUUGCCAGCACCGGUGAGUUUCCCAUCACAUAUGACAAGAAUGGAACAACAAAUCACGAAGCUAUUGCAAGAUGGUAGUAGGAAGGUGGUGAUUGUUGGGGAGAUUGGAAUUGAUAAAUUGUUCAGGAUUCCUUGGAGUGGGUUUCUAGGAAAUACUGAGGCGAGAUAUAAUAAAACCGGAGAUAACGAUAAGGAUAAUGAGAAUAAUAAUAGUGACACCAAGAUACUCACCACCGUCCCUCCAUUAUCCCCAUACAGAGUAUCGAUGGACCAUCAACUAUACAUCUUCAAAGAACAAUUGGCCCUUGCCUGGAGAACCCAACUCCCGAUCUCGGUGCACUGUGUCAAGGCCCAUGGAUUGAUCUACGAUACCAUUAUGGAAUUCAUAACGUCGAACAAGAAACAUGCUCCAACCACAACGAUUCCCGCAAUCUGUCUUCAUUCGUAUACCGGAUCAGUUGAUCUGGCGAAAAGAUGGGUCAGCAAGAAGACUCGGGAAAAGUUGGGGAAGAAGACUAAAGUGUUUUUUUCGUUUUCCAAGGUUCUUAAUUGUCCUGAUUCUGAUAUACUGGAACAGGGGACAGGCUCUGAUAUUCUGAAACAGAUAAUAGCCUCUGAUACACUGAAACCGGGGACAGACUCAGAUGCCCUGAAACCAGGAACAAAUUCCGGAUCCUUGAAAAACUGUUAUCUGAAAUCAGAAACAGAAUUCAUCAAACUAGUGCAAAUGUUGCCAGAAGACACCAUCCUAAUCGAAACCGAUCUAUCAAUUGAUAAAUACUACAAUGGCACCAAUCAAUCGCAACACUCUUGUGAUCUUCAAGCAGUCCUCCGACAGAUUUGUAACAUCAAAGGAUGGAGCCUUGAUCAAGGAACAACAGUUCUAAAUGAUAAUUGGAACAAAUUCAAAGGGGAAGCAUAA